AUGUCUCAAGACUAUGUCUUUGAAGGCUGGGCAGGCCUGGACAAGAACGCCGUCGGCAACAUGAAAUGGCAAACCUUUGCACCCAAGCCCUGGGAGGAGACUGACGUCGACAUCCAAAUCACCCACUGCGGCAUCUGUGGCUCCGACCUGCACACCCUGUCGAGCGGCUGGGGCCCUACCACCUACCCUUGCGUUGUCGGACAUGAAAUUGUCGGCAAGGCCGUACGUGUAGGAAGCAAGGUCACGCACAUCAAAGUCGGCGACCGCGUCGGCGUCGGCGCCCAAUCCGACUCCUGCCUCAACCGCACCAACAAAUGCGCCGACUGCUCUGCCGGCCACGAGAACAUGUGCACCAACCGCGGCCGCGCCGACACGUACAACUCUUCCUUCCUCAACGGCGGCCGCGCCUACGGCGGCUACGCCACCUACAACCGGUGCCCGUCACACUUCGUGAUCCCGAUCCCCUCCGGCGUCGCCUCCGCCGACGCAGCGCCCAUGCUCUGCGGCGGCAUCACGACGUACGCCCCGCUGAAAAACAACGGCUGCGGGCCCGGCAAGCGCGUCGGCAUCGUCGGCGUCGGCGGCCUCGGGCACUUCGGCGUCCUCUGGGCGCGCGCCCUCGAGGCCGAGUACGUGGUCGGCAUCUCCCGGCGCGGGGACAAGCGCGCCGACGUGCUGAAGCUGGGCGCGCACGAGUACAUCGCCACCGAGGAGGACGAGGGCUGGCACAAGGCGCACGCGAACUCGCUGGAUAUCAUUGUGUGCACGGUCAGCAGCCCCAAGAUGCCGCUGCGGCACUACCUGGGCCUGUUGCGCAGCAGGGGGAUUUUCGUCCAGGUGGGCGCCCCGGAGGAUAGCUUGCCGCCGAUCAUGGCGUUUGAUUUGAUCCCCAAAGAGAAGAGGAUUGGAGGGAGUGCGAUCGGGCCGCCCGGACAGAUCAGGGAGAUGUUGGAGUUGGCGGCGCGGAAGGGCGUGAAGCCUUGGGUGCAGGAGAGGGGGAUGCGCGAGGCAAAUGAGGCGGUGAGGGACAUGGAGGCCGGGAAGGCGAGGUAUCGCUAUACGCUUUGUAAUUGA